AUGAAUUCCUCUGACCAACUUUCAUCUCUACCAGCUUUACAAGCAUCAACAAGGACGAGUACUUCCCUAUCCAAGAAACCUAGAGAUUCACCAGAACACAUCGAUGAUACUUAUCUUGUCAAUGGACAAUACGAUGAUGGACUGAACAGUCCUAAAACGUCAUCCGAAGAUCCCAACGAGCCACUUCGACCAGAUAUUGACGAACUCGAACAGUCAGAUAACUGGAUCAAAUUGCCUACAACAUCUCCAAUCUUGCCUUUUACUACGUCGGACCACUCUGAUACCUUGGAUGGGGCUGUAGAUUACUCAAAGGACUCAAUUGAAUCUCAAAUUGAUGAACUUGAUCAUACUCGUCCACCAGAAAACCAUGCACCACUCACUCGUGCUCGGUCCCAAGCUCUUAAGCGCAGGAUAAGUCAUUCUCAGGCUCUCUCUCCCAUUUCAAUACCACCUCAAAUCGGCUCUGCUACUGGAGCGCAAAGAGUUGCUAAGCUGCCAAGUUGUGCUGUGACUAAAACUUUGAGUCAUGCUCCAACCCGAUUGACACAUGCUUCAACUAGUAAUUUUUCUCGUUUAUUUCCUGCUUUUAAAUCUGCAACUCACUCUUUGCAUUCUUAUCGAUCUGAAACUCGCUCUCCAACUCAUUCUCCAACUCAUUCUUCAACUCGUUCUUCAAUUCAUUCUCCAACUCGUCUGUUUCAAUCUCCAACUCGUCUGUUUCGAUCUCCAACCCCUCUUUUCAACUCUCCACCUCGUGCUCUGAGCCAAUCUUCAACUCGCAAUCUUUCUCAAUCUCCAACUCACAAUCGUUCUCGAUCUCCAACUGGUAAUCUGAGUCACUCUCCAGACUCAUCUGGUGACUCAGAUCUGGAUUCAGUUGAAACUCCAGUUGGGGCUCGCAUAAAGUCUUCAGGUAAAGCAAAAGGUAAAGGGAAGGGUAAAGGGAAGGUUUCCGAGUAUGAAUGGAAUUGUGUGGGAGGACCACCAGGUGGUCGCUGUUCCGAAAGCUCGUUUAAGGUGGACAUCACCUCGGAACCUUCGGAGUAUGUCAAGCGGAAAGCAAUAGGAGUCAUUGAGAAGCGAAUUCCUGCGAUGGCAAAAUAUCUCUUUGAUCAUCAACCACUUCGAGAUCUCAACUGGGUCGGAUUAGAUUAUACACCAAAGAACAUCUCUGAAGCGUAUGACAUUGAUACCAAUAGUGGCUGGAACGAAUUUCUUGAUGCGGCGAAGAACUUAAAACGUCAUCACUCGUUAGGAAUAUUAGUGAGAAUGCCAAAUCCUGGAAUACUUGAAAAAGAGAAGGACGAACUUCAGCUCCAAAUCAAUCAGCUGAAUGCGUUGACCAGUCGCCAAGCAGAGGACUUGUUGCCAAAGCCAAAGAAGGAACUUCCGUCGCUUGAUAGCCCUAAUCUUCACUCUGGUACAAUAGAUUGUUUAAUGGCGCAAUAUCAAGGUGGGAGAGGUAGUGGCUCGGAGAGUAUGAGAUAUAUUGAUCCAUUGGAUUCAACCAAGUGGGUCAGAUUGAACAACAUCAAACUUCGAAUGUGGGCAGAUGAACUCACUGAAGCACAACGUGCUGGACAAACCGAUGUCACCAUAUUCAUCCCUCCUAAGACCCCUGCAUUCCGAACCUACUUAGGAGGACGCGAACCAUCUGCAAUAAGGGCCUUACAUGAAGCACACCCAGCAUAUGGACCAUCAACUCAAGCUAUCAGCCCAGUGGAGCUCAAUCCAGUUCAAUCAACCAGUGCACCUGUUCCUGCCAUCAACAACAUUCAACAAAAUACACCAACUUCCUCAAGUUCUCUCAGAUUUCAAUCACAGACACUGUUACGCGCGAGCUUCUGGCAAGCCUAA